UUCACCUUUAUUACAUUUUCCACCUGCAACAUCAUUUCUGUGUGUUCUCCAUUAGAUGUAAUUACAUUUCUUUCUGCUUUUUUUUCCUUUUCACUCCACGGGGGUCUUGCAGGGGAUGCUGAACAGAGAAGGUGUUUUACCUUCAUGCAUAGAAUACAUGAAGGUAAAAAAUCUUCUACAUUUACAACCACUUUAACCAGUGCUUGGCUGGACAUUGAUAGAAGUCACAAGAUUGCUCUAAUUGCUGAUGAGAAAAGGUAUUUAUCAGUUUAUAUUUACUAAAAUAAUUGCACUUCCAUGUUGUGUGUAC